AUGGGUUUGUGGACAUUACUUGAGGGGUUCCUGCUGCUUGCAAAUGCACUAGCAAUACUAAAUGAGGACCGCUUUCUUUCACCAAGAGGAUUGGGCUUAUCAGAUUUUUCAGCUGGCCAGACCAAGUCUUUCAAAGGCCAGGUUUUAGGUCUCAUUUAUGCAACACAGUACCUAAGAUUGCCGCUCAUACUUCUGAAUUCUAUCUUCAUUAUCGUCAAAUUAGUUUCUGGAUGA